UUCAGAUUCAGUUGAGGUUGAACUUUCGGUACGUACGGACGGGGUUUUGCUGCGCUUCGGUCGGUGUCCAAUCGGAUUAUGUUUUAAGCUUUGCCUUCAUCGUGCGUCUCGUUUACUCUGUCGGCCGUCGGUCGCGUUCGAGUGAGAACAACGCUAGGUGUUCUUUUCUGUGUGUUGUGUGUGCCAGUUCGUGUAUGUGAAGUGUGUUUCUUUUUGGGAUCGGUGGAAAGCAGAAAAGCAACAACGGCGAAAAAAAGGUUCACGCAGGUUCUCGAGUGACCAGACCACCGUAACGUAACCUGGGGGAAAAACGGCAAAUAUAAUUAGUGUGUUUUGUGUGUGUUAUUUUUGUGACCUACACGCGGAGUCUAAAUGAAGAGGUUAUAGCGACUGAAAGCAUCGAAAAUGCGAUUCAAUUCUCUCUUCGCUCCCACCAUUGGAGUGCUCGUACUAGUGCUAUGCUCGUCCCGGACCGCUUCGAUACAGGUGGAGAAGGAGGCCUACUUCAAUGGUUCAUCGUACCUUAGGUUAAAGACGCCAAUGACCCUAUGGAGCCAUUCGGCGAUUAGUUUUAAGACCUGCCGAGGUGGAGAAAUCCUGUCUCAGCGAUACGCCAGCCACGCCCUGCUGGUUUCAGUGCUGCCGGAUUCGAUUUCGAUAGUGCUGUCGGCGCCCAACAACCAACCGCUGGAGGCGCGUGUUCCGGGUCGCUACCUGGACAACAAAUGGCACACGCUUCAGUUCGUGUACCAGCUAGGCACGUUGUACUGCAUCGUCGAUAAGCAGUCGACAACGAUCGCCAACCAAACCUUGAACUCGCAGCUGAUUACGAACAAAUACAUUAAGGACGAAGCUGCGGUGUUGAUCCUGGGAAAUCACUACUCAGGCUGUUUGCUGCAUGGCCCCGGGCUGGUGUUCAACCAAAGUGCAAUGAACAACGAAGGGGUUGUGUUUGGUCCUUGCCCUCUUGCUCCUGGACCUUGUACGGAUCACGACGUUCUGGCCGGGAUUCCGAAGGAUCAUUGCUCAACGGAUCCGUGCAUGCAGCACGGAACGUGCAUAUCACGCUCCGAAGGGUACGAGUGUCACUGCACGUCCCGGUUCAAGGGGAAGAAUUGUGAGAUUGACAUGGGUAAUCCUUGCCAAUCGCAUCCGUGUCAACAUGGUAGUACCUGCCAAGAAGAUGUUAAGGGUGACUACAAGUGUAUCUGUGUUCCCGGAUAUACUGGUGUUCUUUGUGAAACCGAGCUCAGCGCUCAUCCUUUGUGUGAAUCGAGUCCGUGUCUUAACGAAGGAAUAUGCCGCGUUCCGCCGGGAAAAAAUACUUACGAGUGUGACUGUUUAAAGGGUUAUAUUGGUUCACGAUGUGAGAUCAAUUGGGACGACUGUAAACCGAAUCUUUGUUUGAACGGUGGUAAAUGUGUGGACGGAGUUGACGCUUUUACCUGCGACUGCAAGGGAACCGGAUACGGAGGAACCCUUUGUCAGAACAACAUCGACGAAUGUUCGGUGAAUCCCUGUUUGAAUGGGGGUACCUGCUUCGAUACGUACGGGUCGUAUCUUUGUGAAUGUCCUACCGGUUUCACCGGUACCAACUGUCACCUCAGCAUCAACGAGUGCAAAUCUCAACCGUGUCAGCAUGGUGGCACCUGCAUCGAUACACAGGAAGGCUUUGAUUGCCGCUGCCUACCAGGAUAUUCAGGAGAGCUAUGCGAAGUCGCACCUGGCUGCAGCCAGUGUCCGAUCGAUUCCGAUUGCAUUGGUGGGCAGUGCGUUUGCAAACCGGGAACAACAGGCUUGAUUGGGCAGUGCGCAGAGCAGCACACCUCCGCCGGUACAGCUUCGCUUGUAAUCGCCCAAAAAUCAGCACAAUCCAAUGCAUGCUCAAGCUAUUGCUACAAUGGAGCCAGCUGUGCGCUUGCCAGCAACAGCGCAACCAUUAGCACCGGCACCCACAACCACCCAGCACCGCGUUACGGUAGAAAUUUUACAUGCAUUUGUGCGAGUGGAUUUACAGGUUCCCGCUGUGAAUCACCAAUCGCACUGCCCUACUCGGACAAGGACAAGGAAUGCAACUGUCUGAAUGGUGGUAGCUGUCCACCAAACAGUUCCACUUGCACCUGUCCACAGGGAUAUGAAGGGCAGAGGUGUGAAUCCCUUGACGUCUGUACGGCGGCCAACUGUCCGGAACCGUUCCGCUGUAUCGGCGGAAAGUGCCAGUGUCCGGAGAAUAUGAACUGUGACCAUGUGUGCGCGUCAUCGCCGUGUCUCCACAAUGGUUCCUGCUUCACGCAAGGUCAGGAUUACUUGUGUCAGUGUACGCCGGGAUAUGAAGGCAAACGGUGUGAAAACGAUGUGGAUGAGUGUAAAAUUAAGGAUAAGAUCUGUGUGAAUGGUAUUUGUCAAAAUACACCAGGCUCGUUUCGGUGCUUCUGUACGCCAGGUUAUACUGGUCUCAAUUGUGAUCUCGAUGUAGAUGAGUGUCUUAGCCAUCCGUGUAAAAAUAAUGCUCAGUGUUUGAAUCGAGAAAAUGAUUACGAGUGCAUUUGUCCGCCGGGAUACAGCGGGAAGGAGUGCAGCACCGAUAUUGAUGAGUGUGAAAGUAAUCCGUGCUCGAAAGGAUCCACCUGUAUCGAUAGGGUGGCCAACUUUACGUGUAUGUGUAUCCCCGGGAUGACUGGCCGGCUGUGCGAGAUCGAUAUUGACGAUUGUGAGUCUCAACCCUGCCUGAACGGUGGCCGCUGUAUCGAUCAACUGGGUGGAUUUCUGUGUGACUGUAACCAAACCGGAUACUCCGGUUCGUUUUGCCAGCUAAACAUCGACGAAUGUGAAUCGAACCCGUGCACCAACGGUGCCGAGUGUAUGGAUAAAGUGAACGAUUACAUCUGCAAGUGCUACCCCGGGUAUAGUGGUAAAAAUUGCGAAGAAGACAUCGACGAGUGCGAGUCCAAUCCGUGUCAGUACUCGGGAAAGUGCCUGCAACGAUCGAACAUUACGCUGUACUAUUCGAACAAUAAAAAUCUUCCGGCAAUUUUUACGCAGCAGUUUUCAUUUCAAAAUGCCAGCGGGUAUGAGUGCAUUUGUGUACCCGGAACGAUGGGCAAGAAUUGUGAGGUCAAUAUCAAUGAGUGCGACAGUAGCCCGUGUAAGAACGGGAACUGCGUCGACGGGAUCGGAAACUACACGUGUGAGUGUGAACCGGGCUUCGAAGGGAUACACUGUGAAACGGAUAUUGACGAAUGCUUGAAGUAUCAGCCAUGUGUUCACGGAACGUGUAUGGAUGGCCGUAACAACUACAACUGUGACUGUGAUGGGCUGUGGGGUGGGAAAAAUUGCUCAGUUCGACUGACAGGGUGUGUUAAUGAACCGUGCUUAAACGGUGGUGCUUGUAUACCUUAUCUGGAAAACGAAACGCAGCAUAAGUUCAACUGUUCCUGUCGGCAAGGAUUUCAGGGGAAAACAUGCGAUACCGUCACGACUAUGUCCCUAGCUGCAAGCAGUUUGCUGAUUGUGAAUACUUCUAGAGAUGAAGGAUACGAUAUUCAACUGAGAUUCAAGACAACUUUACCGAAUGGAAUUUUAGCAUUCGGAAAUGGAGCUACCUCGUAUAUUCUAGUAUUAAACAAUGGUCGAUUAAAUCUACACUCGGCGUUGCUGAAUCGCUGGGAAGGAGUAUUCAUUGGAUCCGGCUUGAACGACAGUAAAUGGCAGAAGGUAUUUGUGGCGAUAAACUCAUCCCAUUUGGUUCUUUCUGCCAACGAAGAGCAAACAAUCUACCCAAUUAAUUCGUACGAGGGUACCAACGGUAGUAAUACAUCCUUCCCAAUAACCUAUCUGGGAGGCACCACGCCAACUCUAGCUCAACCCUAUCUGAAGCAUAUCGCUAGAGCCGUCUCCAGCUUUGUCGGUUGCAUGGAAGAUGUAGUUAUCAAUGGUCAAUGGGUACUACCGGGCCAGGAGCAGGAGUUCACAACUCUACACAACAUUGACACCGGAUGUCCACGAACGCCACAGUGUGAACCGAACCCGUGUAACUCGAAUGGCCACUGUACCGAUCUGUGGCAUACGUUCUCUUGCAGUUGUCAACGACCACAUUUAGGUCAUACCUGCAAAUAUAAUAUUACAGCAGCGACGUUUGGACAUGAGAACACUACGCGGUCAGCCGUCAAAGUUAUAGUUAGUGAAUCUGCACGCCGAGCCAUUCGAUCGGUUCUGGACAUCUCGAUGUUCAUUCGAACGCGACAAGGGUCUGGUAUGGUUUUCUACCUCGGAAGUGAUCCAGAUAUGGACAACAAUCAAAACCCUGCAGAUGACUCAUAUGUGGCUGCUUUUCUGUCCAAGGGAGAACUGCUCGUGCGAAUGAUAUUUAACGAUACUCCCGAAGGUUACACCGUUGGUGGUAAUAAACUUGACAACGGCUAUCUGCAUUUGAUUGAAGUCAUUAGAAAUUCAACGCUGGUACAGGUUAAACUGAACGGAACAGAAUACUUCAGGAAAACACUAUCCUCUUCCGGUCAGCUGAACGCACAGGUAUUGUAUCUGGGUGGACCUCCACCGUACGCCGAUUCCAUCAACAGUUUGUACAAAGAUGAGCUGGAAAGGCAGUACUUCAAAGGUAUCAUCCAAGAUGUUCAAGUUUCAAAUGGAUCUCAUGCCAUGAUCGUUGAGCUAUACCCAUUGAACGAAGAAAGUUUAAUUAUACCGCCUCCAUUCGGGAAGGUCACCAUUGAUCGCAGCUCUGUGCUCGAGGGCGUGGUUACGGACGACCUAUGCCGAAAUCAACCUUGCAAACAUGAUGCUAUCUGUGCCAACACCUGGAAUGAUUUUGUGUGGACGUGGAGCCACUUGAAGGAUACCUUUCAUAAGCUCAAGCGUAUGUGGAACGAUGAAAACUUUGCUAGGUGCACCUGCCCUCGCGGCUACAAAGGUAAACUUUGCCAGGAGAUACAGUUCUGCGAGCUACAAAAGUGUCCUCAAAAUGCCACUUGCCAAAACCUGGAUACCGGCUACGAAUGUAUCUCAAACAUGACCUUCCACGAUGACAAUGAACCGCUCAAAUUCUCUUUCAAUCCGGGUACUACCGAUCUGCUGCACAAUCCGAAGGACAACAGCAACAUGGACACGAUUGAGAUCUCCUACAGAACCAAGUUCGGUGGAACUCUGCUGUACGUGCAGGAUAGUGAUAUGUACUUUGAAAUUUCGACCAUCAGGAAGCUGGUGACCAUCUCGUGGCGACUUUCGAUGGACUUACCCGAACAGAACCGUUUCGAGUAUGAAGAUGAUGACAACUACGGGUGGCACACGGUAUUCAUUAUGGUCACUUCGAAUGGUAAAUUGGAAGCUGGAUGGAAGGGAUGGGAAACGACGUUGGAUCCUCAGCCGAGCAUCUCAGUUAAUAUUGAUUAUUUAGCGUUCAAACAUCUGUUCUCGGGAAGACACUUCAUCUACGUGGGUGGAAUGCCCGCCAAUGCGGGUAUUGAAAAUAACUCCGUAGUGAACGGUGGAAUCGAUAAGGGAUCUACAUUCAAGGGAUGUCUCGGAGAAACCCGAGUCGGUGGUUACUUACUACCUUAUUUCCCGCACGACGUGAUAUACCCGGACACGUUCCAGUUUACCGGUCCUCAUUUCAAUCUCAACUCUAGUCAACCAGAGGAAGGGUGUAUGUUGUGCUUCCAGCAGUCCUGCAAGAACGGAGGCAUAUGUAGCAAUCCAUCUGAGAAGUACGCCUGCGAUUGUCCCGCGGGUUAUGAAAGUGAUGACUGUUCGCAAAAUAUCGACGAAUGUUUGACCGCCAACUGUACUAACAACUCGACUUGUAUUGACGGAGUGGCCAGCUUCACCUGUCGGUGUCUUGAAGGUUACGAAGGAGAUCUAUGCGAAUUCGAAAUCGACGAAUGUAUGUCGAAUCCGUGUCAUAAUGGUGGUACUUGUACCGAUCUUGUGGCAGGUUACCAGUGCCAAUGUACGGAGGAAUACGCAGGAUUACAGUGCGACACGUUUAGGUUGGUGACCUGUGAGAAUCAACCGUGCAGGAAUGGGUCGGUCUGCAUUGAUGGCUUUAAUUCAACAACAGGUAAUAAUUUUACUUGUUCGUGUAAGACCGGAUUUGCUGGACCACUAUGCGACACCCCAUUCUGCCUGCUCGAAGAAUGUCGCAACGAUGCAGUUUGCAUCGCCAACGACGAGAACGUUCCCAUUUGUCGGUGUACACCCGGCUAUACAGGACGUUUCUGCGAAAUCGAAAUAGAUGAAUGCGAAUCGGCCCCUUGCCUAAACGGUGGUCAAUGUAUCGAUUUUAUCAACAUAUAUCGGUGCAACUGUUCGGGUACAGGGUUCGAGGGUCUCAACUGUGAAGCGGAUAUUGAUGAAUGCUACGAGGAGCGAAUAAAAUGCGGAGGCCGUGGUCUGUGCAUAAAUACGCGGGGUUCCUUCAGGUGUCAGUGUGACGAAGGAAUGUGCGGAAAAGAUUGUGCUCAAAUCGAUCCGUGUCGCGAGAAUCCCAAUACUUGUGAAAAUGGCGGGAUUUGCAUAGAAGACUGCGACAAGGACUAUCGGUAUUAUUGUAAUUGUACCACCGGAUUUACAGGAAUCAACUGCUCUGAACAGGCUGUGCUGGAAGCGGAAGGAACAACCGGUGCAGACAUUGCUCUUAUUGUGGUCCCCGUGGUGAUAGGCAUUCUGGCACUGGCUGGCGCGCUAAUCGGUACACUACUGGUGAUGGCUCGGAACAAACGGGCCACCCGCGGUACGUACAGCCCCAGUGCCCAGGAGUACUGCAACCCAAGACUGGAAAUGGACAACAUGCUGAAGAUACCGCCCGAAGAACGACUCAUCUAGUGUUUUACGAACUGCGUUCGUAUUUAUGUUUCCCUGUUGUACCUUUUAGUGAGUUCCGGGCUUUGUUUGUAUUUUUCGUCGAGAAAAAAAAUGCGCGAGAAACUCGAAAAGCCUACGGUCAGGUGUCGUUUGUUUUUGUAGAUAUGAAACUUUAAUGAUCUUGUUAUGGCCACGUGGUUGCAUGAUUGUGAAUAGACUACAGACUUUUACUCAUAGUAGGAAAACCAGCUUAAAUUAAAUUUACUACUAAUUAGCUUGUAAGGUAAUAUACUUAAUAAUAUCCUGCGGAUCAACUUAAAAACGAACUAGUUGUGGAUUUUUGUACUUAAAAUCUAUAGAAAGGCAAACAACAAAGUUUUAACUAAAUAUAAAAUAAAUAUUGUGAUAUAAAUCCUACCCCUACACAGGAUACGGUAAGACAAAAACAAGUAUUUUAACGCAAAUCGAAGCUGUCCUGACGAAAAAAAAAAAAUCACGGGAGAUUAGAAUCUGAACAUGCCCUAAAAACUAAAAUCGCUUUUAAUUACUGUUAUCUAUCAAUGCGAAUUCCGUCCAUUAGCAUGUGUGUAGAAACUAUUAACACAACCAAAAACGUGACUGUUGAAAAACACCUAAAUUCAAGUGCCGUAUGUUUCGAAGAGCAAUAAUCUAUAUAAAAACAUAGUGAAAUCGGUUUCUGACUCGAUUCUUUUUAAGAAGGCUAAAUUAUACACCGAUUCAUGCCUUGACAGCUUUCUUUGGCGGAAGCUGCACAAACAAAAGAAAACACCUUACUCACACCUCUCUUGCUGUAGACUGAAACUCUAAAGCGGAAAUUUGAUGCCUUCAUUUUAACUAUAGUAUACUUAAUUACGUAGCAGAGUAAUCUGUAGGUAGCUAUGAGAAAGAAAAAAAACAAGGAUGCUGCGUGUUUGUAAAGUAUAUAUUGUAAGUUAUGAAGCAGAUAUUUUAAAACAUCGUUGAUAGUGUAGCGUAAAAUAAAGAAUUAUUUAAA